AUGAUGGGAAGGAGAACAUCCAAACUGACGAUGAAAUUGACAGAGUCUCAGCGCUUUACACUCACAAUUGUCGCUCUGGCAAGUGUGUCGCUCACUGUCUCUCUGAGCUCUACCUCAAUGAGCAAUGCUGUCCCGGUGAUUACAAGUCAAUUCCAUGGCACGGAUGUGCAGGCCUUUUGGUCUGGCACAGCAAAUCUACUGUGCUCUGCAGUCUUCCAGCCCGCAUUUGCAGUGUUUUCUUACAUUUUUGGCCGAAAACCUCUGUUCAUAAUCGCCUCACUACUGUUCUUAGCUGGCUCGGCCCUUGCCACGGGCUCUCAAAACUUCGAUGUACUCCUUGUUGCCAGAUCAAUCCAAGGCUUCGGCGGUGGUGGGCUGCUCACGCUGUCAGAAAUCCUUAUCGCAGACUUGACGCCUCUUAGCGAGCGCGGAAAGUGGAUUGGCAUCCUCAGCAUGAUGUGGGCUAUAGGAUGUGUAACUGGGCCUGUCGUGGGUGGUGCUUUGGCUCACAGAGAUGUUUGGAGAUGGAUCUUUGCAUUGAAUCUACCGCUCGCUAGUAUUUCACUUGCACUCAUCUGUAUCUCUGUGCAGCCUCGCACUUACUCCACCAGCUUUUACGAAGAAAGCACCAAGCAGAAACUCGGCCGUGUGGAUUGGAUCGGAUUUGGCCUCUUUAUCCCAUCAAUAUCCAGUUUCCUGAUCCCACUCACCUGGGGUGGUGAGCUUUUUGAUUGGAAAAGCUGGCAUACAUUGGUGCCGCUUCUUGUUGGUGUCGCAGGCCUGGCAGCCUUUGUUAUCUACGAGAUGUUCAUUGCCAAAGAGCCAUUCUUGCUGAAGACGAUCUUCCGUGACUGGAAUGCAAAGCUGGUCUAUGUCCAAACGUUUUUACAUGGUUUGAUCGUCUGGUGUCUUCUAUACUACCUCCCUCUGUACUACCAAGCCGUCAAGUCAUACAGUGCUCUUAUGUCAGGCGUUGCCCUUCUACCUGAAACGUUCAGCAUCACUCUUGCAGCUGGCCUAGUGGGGUUUGUGAUCGCGAGCACAGGCCGCUACCGCGAGGUUCUGACAGCAGGAUGGGUCGUCGCAACAACCAGCCUUGGCACGUUGUAUCUACUCGAUGUCCACACCGCAAUCUACCAGUGGGUUCUCAUCAACUUCUUUGUGGGGAUGGGAACGGGCUCUCUGUUCACGAGCCUAAAUCUAGCGGUCCAGUCAAACAUCGCCCCUCACGAGGUUUCCCAUGCCCUUGGAUUUUUCGCCUUUUUCCGCGCCUUGGGCCAAGCAAUCGGUGUUGCCAUUGGAGGUGCCACUUUUGAUAACAUUUUCCGAUCGAAACUGGCCCAAAAUGCGGAGAUAGCAGCAUACCAAGACCAGUUGAGUAAAGGCGCCGCGGCGCUGAUCGAGAUCUUGAAAACAAUUCCCGAUUCAGAUCCCCGGAAGCCAGCCUUGAUCCAAACCUAUGCGGAUUCGCUGAGGUUGCUGUGGCCGGUGAUGUGUGGCUGCGCCGGACUCGCGCUACUGUUUAGCCUCUUUAUUAGGCACCAUAACCUGAGACGAGACGGAGAAGAGGAAUAUGCCACUGAUACCCCUAUGGAAUCUAUAGAAGAGCUUGGACAUGGCCACUUCAAAGGCCCAAAGUAUUGA